AUGGUGGAUGAUCCAGAUCUUGUUCACUUCAUCCAACUUAUUUGGGUGGAGGAUCAAUCUGGAAGCUUCAACCUCUCAGGCAACCUGGUAUCCAUGCGGCACCUGUCUCCUGCGGAAGCAGCGCCCGCUACGAUGUACUUUGAGAUCCCGGUGGGCACCACAAGCCUGCGAGCCUUCGAGCUCUGCAACCUACACGGCUUAUACCGCAGUCCGGCGGUGGCAGUCACCACAGGCCAGACCACGAGCUUGGCGCCCGCGGCCUGCUCUGUGCAGCAGUGCGUCGAGGGAACCUCUGUCUCCAACUGCCAAGCUUUCGCCAGCGAGCUCUUGCGCCGUCAAGAGGGUCAGCCCAAGACAGAUCCCUCAGGGAAGCACACGCCUUUCUUGGUUCUGAACGGCACGACUGCAACCAUUGUAGUCGGCAUCGGUGGCACGCCCGGAAACGAAGGAGGCCUCAUUCACCCAAUGACGCCCUCCGACGACAAGGACUUCGCCCACUGGAUCUCUCACAUUUACGCGGUGGACGACUUGGGCAAUCUGGUGGCGAUGUGCGAGCUCCUGCCAACGGACCCUGUUCCCGCUUCGUGCACGUUUGAGGUCCCUGAGGACAUCCCCUUUCUGAGGCCGUACGAAUUCUGCAAUGUGCACGGCCUGUACAUCGGGGACCUCGUCCAGGUGUCCAGCGCCAACGCCAGCGCGGAGAGGAAUUGCGUGAAGCGGGAGUGUACUGCGAGCCAGCCCUCUCUGGGCCCGGAGCCAAUCCGUAGCGAAGCUGUAGAUGCUCUCAUCCAGCAGCAGCAAGACACGGCAAACAGGAUCAGCUCCAUCAACAUGUGCCUGCAACACAAGGCAAUCUACUACAUUGCCAAGAGCGCCGUUGGUGCGGAUCUACAGGAAGACAUCGACCGCUUGACGCAGGAGGGCGACGCGGAGAGCGAUGUCGCACGCCGUGUCGAGACAUUCCCUGGCUUGUUCGCAAAGCUCAACGCCUUGGGUGGAAGAUGGGUUGCCCGCGACGUGGUUGAAGAGCACACCUUGCAGGAUGCCAACGGCCCGGCGCCCAACAUACGCCUGGACCUCGUGAACGAGGCGGAGACCCGAUUCGCGCAGACGACCCUUUGGAGAGGCAACGAGACCUAUGCCGAAGGCGUGAAUCAGCCCGUCAUUGCCGUCUCGGAGGACCUGCUGAUCAUCGACGCAGCUUUUGGAAUGGACUGGGGCUAUUCGACCUACAGAAGCCUAGGCCCCCACUACACGAUCUUCUAUUCCCUCGACUUCGUCCAGCAAUUCGUGAACGUCUCGCUCUGCGCAAAAACGCUCGGUUGGCUGGGUAUGGGCUGGCUGCGUCCGGAUCGAGAUGCUGGCAGCCCACUCAUGCAGAACACAGAUAUGGUAGUCGCCUACGUGAAGGACGGCCAAGGGGCCGUGGAGGAUCGCUUCGCGCGAUGGUUUGAAGAGCCGCUCAAGGACGAGCUGCUGGCCGGACAGCGAUCCGAUGACGUGGGGAACCCGCUGAAUGGCGCAAACGACUUGGAGCUUAUCCCAGGAGUGCUGGGCCGAUCCGGCCAGGAGUGGUGUCCCGACGACGCAUGUAAUCCCGGCUUCACCCUGGUGCAAUUCCGACGGAGGUUUCUGACGGAGGAUGUAUCUGACAUCGUGCUCCCCGUCAAGGCCUCCAAAAUCGGCAUCAUCUUCUCCUUCGCCAAGACGGAUCCCUUCGAGAGCUACUUGGAGCAGCACCUCCCCACCUCCACGGGCUACAUCGACAUCCCCUGGAACCUCGUGUGCGACCCCGGGUUCUUCUUUGACAUCACCGUCACGGAUUGCAAGCCUUGCGAGAAGGGCUUCUUCCGACCGGCAAACACCUCCGUCUUUACCUGCCUUCGGGCUCCGCCUGGGACCUUCCAGAGCCCUGUUCCGAGAAGGAAUGAAACGGGCCAGGCAAGUGCUAAGCCUUGCAAGAAGGGCUUCACCACCUUCACGGCAGGAGCCACCGAAGAGUUCGCUUGCGUCUGCCCUGGGCCAUCGCUGACGGUUCCGCGCGGAAGGUACCAUGUAGACGUUUGCGACGGGGCUCCCCGACAAGACGCCCGGGGCGUGCUGAAAACCUGCGCUCAGCUGGGGAACUGCCUGGAAUGUCCCGAGGGCAUGAUCUGCGAGGGCGCCAGAGACAUCGCCGCAUUAGACGACUCAGCUGUGAACGCUCGCAUUGCCGCGUUCUGUGCCUCCUAUGCGUACGCAGACACGGAGGCCCGUGCACCGUGCGCAUGGGUGGUGGCAAAGUUCUCUGACAGUCAAUAG